AUGGCUACUGUACGGCGUCUUCAGCAGACUUUGUCUCACUUCCAGCCGGCUCAGCCGGCUCAGCAGCUCUCGAUUGUGCAGGGCCCAACAGACCCAGACCUGCUCGACAUCACAUUAGGUGAAUUGCUGACGCUUCAGAGUCUGCACUAUGGAGACUACGAAUGUCUCGUCUUCCCCUGGACGGGAGCCCGCUGGACCUAUGCAAACCUAAACGACGAGGCCGACCGACUGGCUCGGGGCCUGUUGGCCAUGGGGAUCCAGAAGGGCGACCGCAUUGGUAUCAUGGCCGGUAACUGCGAGCAGUACAUCGCCGUCUUCUUUGCUGCGGCGCGCGUGGGAGCCAUUCUGGUAGUCUUGAACAACACUUAUACCCCUUCUGAACUCUACUAUGCCCUUGAUCAUACCGACGUCCGCGUCCUGUUCAUGACACCCCGCAUUGGGCGUCACUCCCUGGAAGAGGUGCUGGAGAAGAUGGGCCCUAGACCAAAGCAAGCCAGUAACUCGGCCGCACUAGAGGAGAUAGUCAUUCUGCGGGGAGAGUAUCAGACAUUCAGCACAUACAGCAACGUGAUUCAGCGGGGUUCUUCCCUACCCAGUUCUGCGUUGCCAAAUCGAGAAAUGGAAUUGAGUCCGGCGGAUGUGUGCAAUCUUCAAUUUACCAGUGGCUCGACUGGAAACCCCAAGGCCGCCAUGUUGACGCAUCAUAACCUGGUGAACAACUCGCGCUUCAUCGGUGACCGCAUGGACCUGACCUCUUUCGACAUCCUCUGCUGCCCCCCGCCGCUCUUUCACUGCUUCGGCUUGGUGCUUGGUAUGCUGGCAGUUGUUACCCAUGGAUCUAAGAUUGUCUUCCCUAGCGAAACAUUCGACCCUAAGGCCGUUCUCCACGCCAUCUCCGACGAGAAAUGUACCGCUUUGCAUGGUGUGCCUACCAUGUUCGAGGCUAUUCUGAGCCUGCCCAAGCCCCCUAACUUCGACACCCGCAACCUCCGCACCGGCAUUAUCGCUGGAGCACCUGUACCUCGUCCCUUGAUGAAGCGGCUCUUUGAAGAGCUAAACAUGACACAAUACACCAGCAGCUACGGUCUCACCGAAGCGUCUCCUACGUGCUUCAACGCGCUCACCACAGAUACCAUCGAGACUCGUCUGAGGACAGUAGGGAAGGUCAUGCCCCACGCAAGGGCAAAGAUCAUCAAUGCAGAGGGCAACAUCGUUCCUGUCGGCCAGCGCGGCGAGCUCUGUAUUGCCGGGUAUCAAUUGACCAAGGGCUAUUGGAACAACCCGGAGAAGACUGCUGAAACCCUGACCACUGAUGCAGAGGGUGUAACGUGGUUGAAGACGGGCGACGAGGCCAUCUUCACUCCGGAGGGUUAUUGCACCAUCACCGGACGAUUCAAGGACAUUAUCAUUCGCGGCGGAGAAAACAUCUACCCGUUGGAAAUUGAGGAGCGCCUAGCAGCUCACCCCGCCAUUGAGAUCGCCUCUGUCAUUGGCGUGCCAGACCGUAAAUAUGGCGAGGUAGUGGGCGCAUUCAUUGCCAUCGCCCCAGGCCACGAGAACAAGCGACCCUCCGUCGAAGAUCUGCGCAACUGGACCCGAGAAACCCUAGGAUGGCACAAAGCACCGCAGCAUGUAUUUGUUUUCGGAGAGGAAGGUAUUGACCGCACCGUCCCUGUAACGGGGAGCGGCAAGGUCCGCAAGGUCGACUUGCGGAAGAUUGCCAUACAAGUGUUGGAAAAGCGAGGGGAAGCUGCAGCUUGAUUCCCCUGAAGUGAUAGAAUUUUUGUUUAUCUGUUUAGAG